GUGUCCGUUUUGAGCUCUAGAAGUUGUGUUUGUAUAGUUCUACACGUGCACUGACGCACGCGACAACAUGGGAAACCCCGAUGCUGUGUUUACAAACCGUGGGUCUGUGGCGUAGUACGGGAGUGUAAGUGGGUAAAGGCGAGACUCGUGGAAUACCCAGAGCCCACUCAGAGUCCGGGUGAAUUACACACGUGUCACUGCAACUGAGCCGUGGGAACUGUAUCACAUGACUUCUCAAAACAGGUACUUCCCCUCCGUCUGUUUGGUAGGGGACGUGUCUCUUCGGUAUUUUGUGACACGGGAGAAAAUGGAUUCGUGGAAACUUGUGAUCGGUGUUCUCCGUGAAGAUGUCCUGAACAACCUGGGAAAGAUGUUGGACAACUCCUCCCGUGGAUGGAGACAACUGGCUUCUGUGUUGUCCCAAGAGCCGAUGUUCCGCUACAGUGAGAAUGAGUUGACCAGCUGCUCGCUCCAGGUACUGAAUGCCGCUGGCAGCCCAGGACGCUCCCUCCUGGCUCGUCUGGCUGAACGCUCCUGCUCCCUGGAGUUCCUGCUCUGCUGCCUGAGAAAGAUGGACCACCAGGAGGCUGUGCAGUACCUCACCUACAAAGUGAAAGAGCUGAUCCAGAUCACAGUGCAGCCACAGUCCCAGCAGGCCUCAGUGGGGAGCAGAGUGACUUUGACCUGCAGGGCAUCUGGUCCUCCUGGACUCAGCUACCAGUGGUUCAGAGGCAAAGAGGAGAUAUUGGAUGGGAGUGGGAGUACACCAGAGCUGGUUCUGUGUCCUUUGAACCCUGGUCACCAGGGUCACUACAUCUGUAGGGUCAACCACGGAGAAAACUGCAUGUUCUCCCAGUGGGCUCAUGUUCGCUUGGUGCAGUCAGCAGGGGCUAGUCCAGGCUGCAGUAGUAGCCUGUUUCCAGGAUCGGUGAGUGGGCUGUGUAUCACCCGUCAGCCUCAGUCCCAAGCAGUGUCUGAGGGUGACACUCUAAUCCUGGACUGCAGUGCAACAGCCAACCCCCCUGCUCAGUAUGAGUGGUACCACAACACAGUGCUCAUGCCACAACAUAAGACCCGCUGUCUUAAGAUCCCUUGUGUGACAACAGCACACAGAGGAGAGUACAAAUGCAAGGUGUUCAACUUAUAUCAUGAUGCGUGGACUAAUGCUGCUGUAGUCACCAUUGGCCCCAGUUCCAUUACUGAUGAUUCUUUGGUAGAAGUUGACACUCGUGGCCCAGUUUUCCCCGGUUCACAAGAAGUCAACAGGUCAACCAGUGGAGCAGGAAUUUAUCCUGCAGAGCAAAUGGCCACAAUGCCCCCGUCUGCUAAGAAUCUACAUGCCACCGACAAAGUAGCUCUCCUGAUUGGAAACAUGAACUACAUGUACCAUACUCCUCUGUGUGCACCCAUUGCUGAUGUCCAUGAGUUAGCAAACCUCCUCAGACAAAUGGACUUCAAGGUGGUUUCGCUGCUUGACCUCAACUGGCAGGAGAUGAACAGCGCUGUUACAGAGUUCCUCCUGCUGCUUGACAAAGGAGUCUAUGGUCUGCUAUACUUUGCUGGACAUGGCUAUGAGAACUAUGGAAACAGUUUCAUGGUCCCUAUUGAUGCACCAGCGUCGUACACAUCGGACCACUGUGUAUGUGUACAGAACAUACUUACCCAAAUGCAGAAGAAACAGACUGGACUGAAUGUAUUUCUGCUUGACAUGUGCCGCAAAAGAAAUCCAUAUGAUGAUGUCAUUGUGCAACCGGGACUGUUGAAAGUGACGGCUAAUAUCGUAUUUGGAUACGCCACAUGUGCUGAUGCAGAAGCUUAUGAAGUGAAGAAAGAGGAUGUGUCCAACGGCAUCUUCAUUAGCUUCCUCAAAAAGCGAGUGUGUGAAGAUGAGAAGGUCACGGUCAUGCUGGAUAAAGUGGCAGAAGACAUGGGUCGUUGUAGGAUAACACAUGGAAGGCAGGCUCUGGAGCUACGAAGUAACCUGUCUGAACGACGAUCCCUCACUGACCAGAUACACAUCACUGACUGUUCUGCAUCCUAUUCAGCUCGCAACCUGCAGUGGGCUGUUUCCCAUGUUCUGCCUAAAAGCCAACGCCUGCAGUUUGAUUGUGGAGUUAUCGUUCAGCUCGGGUUUGCUGCAGAGUUCUCCAACGUUAUGGUCAUCUACACUCGGAUACUUGAGAAACCCCCAGAAAUCGAUUCCUGCUCUGCUCAGCUCACUGACUUCCCACCGGAUGUGGACAUUGAUCUGAAGAAAAGCAAUCAGGAGACUCUGCUUGAAGCAGGCGGUUUAUUUUUGAUUAAAGAACUCUCCUCAUCUGAAGUUCACAGUCUCUACACAAGGAUCCGUAGCCUGCAAAGACUCAGGAGGGAGCUCACCUUCACUGUGUGUCUACAUUACACCUACUCCAACAUAGAUGAGGAAGUACAGGAAAGGCAGUCCAUAACAGUGGGCAAACCCCUCGUCUCCAAACUCAACCUCCAUGAGCCACGGUCCUCUCACUCCUCUUCUGCUUCAUUGGCCUCCAGUCUCAACACCUUAAACUCUGGUGAUUCAGCCUCAAAUACAUGGUCAUCUUAUCCACAAACUGACAGGGGGAGUCUGACUUCAUCCAGGUCUGCCAACGUACCAGAAGAGACUGAGAGUCCUCUGUCAUACGAUGUCCCACAGCCUCUUGUCACCAGCAAGAGCUUGCCUCACAGCCAGGUGGAUGACACAAACUUCAAAUUUAGUGACAUGUACAAUUUCCAUUCUCUGUAAGGACUAAUAAACUUAGAUGUGAACGUCACAUGGGUAAUUCAGCUGUACAAAUGGAAAUGUGAAAGAUGUAAGGAGGGUCAUAAGAUAUACGAAUACAUUUUUUUUUUUUUUCUAAGCUCAUUAUUUAUGUACUGCCAUUCAAGUUGUAUAUGUGUGGAAGUCCAUUUCUUCCACUGUGUUAAUAAAAGAUAAUGUAAA